AAUUCUUCUUAUAUUUCUUUUUCUUUGGAGCAGAGUGGGUGUGACUUUGAGAGAGUGAAGUUUCUUUGCAAUGGCGAUUUUAGUGAAUAUUGACUAAAAGUUGACGACGAAGAGACUCUCUGUGUUUCUUUUUCUUUUUUUCUUUUUUUUUUUUUUUGCUUGGUUCAUGUUCUUGGGAUUUGGCUCUUUUGCUUUUGUGCUUAGAGAGCAGGGUGUCUGAUUGUUGUGGUUCUCUGAUCACUUUAGAGAAGAAAUAUGAGAAGAAAAUAAAAGAAUUCUAUUAAUCUCUUAAAAAUAGAAUACAAAAAUAAAAACUUCUCUCAUGGAGGAUUCUCUCGUGGAACCUCUCUCUGCACUCUCCAAUUCUCUCUGGAAUUGCUCACUCUUCUCUCAAGUUUUCUCUGGAACUUAAACAACUCUCUCUCUUGGAGUUUUCUCUCAAUUCUCCUCACUUGGGAGGAUUGAGAUUGCUCUCUUGGCUUGGUUUUCAUGCAAAGGUAAGGAGCCUAUUUAUAGGCUUACAAGGUCACACUUUUCAACAUCUUAGCCCACAAUUGUUGAUCAACAAUGGUGGCUGUCAACAAUGGUGGCUGUGGUUGGUGCGGCUGUGGUUGGUGAGGUUGGUUGGUGCGGCUGGACUUCACACUGAUCACUCCUGGCAUAUAGUAGUAAAGCCGCUGGAAAAUCCUUGUGUUUGGAUGGGUAGGACAAUACAAGUGUCUGGAUUCCCUUCUUCUGUGUCUGCAGAACUUGUUAAGAAAUUUCUGGAGAACCUUACAGGAGAAGGAACUGUUUAUGCUAUUAAGCUCCGCAAAUUUAAGAAUGGGGGAAGAUACUAUGCUAUUGUUCAAUUCACUUCCACCAGAGAUGCUGAAUUUAUUAUUUCCUUGGCUGGUGCACGCCUAUGGUAUGGAACUUCCUAUCUCACUGCCCGGUCAAUGGACACUGAUAUUGUGGCCAAACCAAGAACCUAUUUGCACAGCUUGGAAAACAUAACGCUGCAUUUUGGCUGUCAGAUCUCAAAGGAAAAGUUUUCUGUUCUAUGGAAACGAGAGAAUGUUUCUGUAGAUUUUGGGAUUGGACUUCGGAGACUGCAUUUUCAUUUUAUGUACCAGUACGUUGAAUAUAAACUUCAGCUUUCCUAUGAGAACAUCUGGCAGAUUGAGCUACAUCGUCCGCUUGGUCAAACUGUCAAAUAUCUUUUGAUUCAGUUGUAUGGCGCUCCCCGGAUUUAUGAGAAGGAUGUACCCUCUUCAGGAGAUGUAUAUGAAGACCCUAUCUUUAACUUCUUUAAGGAUACUCCUGAUGAUCAAUGGGUCCGGGCAACUGAUUUCACUCCGUCAUGUCGUAUUGGUCAGUCUUCUGCACUAUGUUUGGAGCUUCCCAGUGGUCCUCGACUUCCCAAUUUUAAGGAAAACUUUGCUUAUUAUAAGGAGAGUGAAGGGAGAUUUAGCUUGGAGACCGGUUUCCCUUUUUCUUGCAACUUGGAUUUGGUCCCCAUUGUUGGUCCUCCUUUAGAUGUGCAUUUGCCAUACGAUAUCAUAUUUAAAAUUAACGCACUACUCCAGCAAGGGUGUCUUACAGGGCCUUCAUUGGAUGCUGCCUUUUAUCGGUUGGUUGAUCCACGUAGAAUUAAUGUUGCAUGUAUAGAACAUGCACUGGAUAAACUAUAUAAUUUGAAAGAAUGCUGCUAUGAACCUUCAACGUGGCUUAAUGAGCAGUAUAGAAAGUACUUCAAAUCGAAGAGACCUCCAAAAUCACCGAUGAUAUCCUUGGAUGCUGGGUUGGUAUACGUGCGCAGGGUCCAGAUAACCCCAUGUAAAGUCUAUUUCUUUGGCCCAGAGAUUAAUGUCUCAAAUCGUGUGUUACGCCAUUAUCCCAAUCAUAUUGAUAACUUUCUUCGUGUUUCAUUUGUUGAUGAGGAGCUGGAUAAAAUGUUCUCAACAGAUUUAUCCCCACGUAAUUCUGCUACAAAAACUGGACUUUAUAAAAGGGUUCUCUCUGUUCUUAGAGAUGGCAUAGUAAUUGGUAAUAAGAAGUUCGAAUUUCUUGCAUUUUCAUCGAGUCAAUUACGGGAUAAUUCUACGUGGAUGUUUGCUCCAAGCGAUGGAAUUACUGCAGCUGACAUAAGAGAAUGGAUGGGAGAUUUUCGCCAGAUAAGAAAUGUGGCAAAAUAUGCAGCCAGACUGGGUCAAUCCUUUGGUUCUUCGACGGAAACUCUAAGUGUUAGUAGGCAUGAAGUUGAAAAAAUCCCUGACAUAGAGGUUGUGUAUGGUGUAGUGAAAUAUGCUUUCUCUGAUGGGAUUGGAAAAAUAUCUUCCGAAUUUGCUAGGAAAGUGGCCUCAAAAUGUGGCUGUAACGGGGUCACACCAUCUGCCUUUCAGAUUCGAUAUGGUGGGUACAAAGGUGUUGUGGCUGUUGAUCCAACCUCAUCAUUCAAAUUAUCACUGAGGAAGAGUAUGUGCAAGUAUGAAUCGGAUAACAUAAAGCUAGACGUUUUAGCUUACUCCAAGUUUCAGCCUUGUUUUCUGAAUCGCCAGUUGAUUAGUCUCUUGUCUACCCUUGGAGUUGAGGAUCAAGUUUUCCUGAAAAAACAAAGCAAAGCCGUGCAGCAGCUUGAUGCCAUUUUGACUGAUCCGUUACGGGCACAAGAGGCUCUGGACUUAAUGUCUCCUGGAGAGAAUACUAACGUCCUUAAGGAGUUGCUUAUGUGCGGUUAUAAGCCUGAUACCGAGCCAUACCUUUCAAUGAUCCUGCAAACAUUUCGAGCAUCAAAGUUGCUGGAGUUACGUACUAAAUCAAGGAUAUUCAUCCCAGAUGGAAGAGCAAUGAUGGGAUGUUUAGAUGAGACUGGAACCUUGGAAUAUGGGCAAGUGUUUGUGCAAUUUUCUGGCUCAAGAUAUAGGCAAUUUGGAGAUUCCCCCAUGCUUGGUGGCAAUGGGACAAAGCAACGUUUUAUUGUUACCGGCAGUGUAGUUGUUGCGAAAAACCCAUGCUUACACCCGGGGGAUGUGCGUGUUUUGAGGGCUGUGAAUGUGUCAGAAUUGCACCAUAUGGUAGACUGCGUGGUAUUUCCACAAAAAGGAUCAAGACCUCACCCAAAUGAAUGUUCUGGAAGUGAUCUUGAUGGAGAUAUCUACUUUGUUUGCUGGGAUCCUGAAUUAAUUCCUUGCCACCAAAUCGAACCUAUGGAUUAUACCCCAGCACCGAGUAUGCUUAAAGAUGAUGAUGUCACAAUUGAGGAAGUCCAAGAAUAUUUUGCCAACUAUAUAGUCAAUGACAGCUUGGGGAUCAUUGCCAAUGCUCACACUGUUUUUGCAGAUAAGGAGUACGGCAAAGCCAUGAGCAGUCCUUGUGUAGAGCUUGCAAGAUUGUUUUCGAUAGCUGUUGAUUUUCCAAAAACAGGCAUACCAGCUGUGAUACCACCUCAUCUGCAUGUCAAAGAGUAUCCUGAUUUCAUGGAAAAGCCUGAUAAACAAACGUACGAAUCACAGAACGUGAUCGGAAAGCUUUUCCGCGAGGUGAAAGACAUUGCACCAAAUACCAGCUCUAUCAGGUCCUUCACUAGUGAAGUUGCGAGGAAGUCAUAUGACCCUGACAUGGAAGUUGAUGGCUUCGAGGAUUACCUCGAUGAUGCUUACUAUUACAAAAACAGUUAUGACUACAAGUUGGGGAAUCUGUUAGACUAUUACGGGAUCAAAACCGAAGCUGAAAUACUCAGCGGGAGCAUCCUGAGAAUGUCGAAAUCUUUUACGAAGAGACGGGAUGCAGAGUCUAUUAACAUGGCCGUGAGGGCUUUGAGGAAGGAAGCCAGGAACUGGUUCAAUGAGAAGAGAAGUGAAUCUGAUGACUUGUAUGCAAAGGCUUCUGCUUGGUACCAUGUCACAUAUCACCAUAGCUAUUGGGGUUCUUACAACGAGGGCAUGAACCGUGAUCAUUAUCUGAGCUUCGCGUGGUGUGUUUAUGAUAGGCUGGUUGAGAUCAAGAAGGAUAAAGCAAGUAUAAGAAGGCGUCUGGGGCUGUCUUCUCUUGAAGAACAUUUUGGUUAUGGCCUGCGGUUGAAUUGAGAAAUUUCUGUUGAAACAAUGAUCAUUUCGACCUGUAAAAAAGUUUGUGUUUAGGCUUGUCUUAGUGUGUGAAUGUGUUUUCGGAUUGGAAUAAUUUGACUGUGAAUUGUGGAAGUGUGAAAUGGAUAUCAUCAUCCAUUGUAAAUUAAAUCCAUUUUCUGAUGCUGAAACUUGGAAAUGGUAAUCGUUUUCAUAAAUAUAUUUUGGUUUCUUUCUUGUUUUUUA